AUGGUAAAAAACAUAUUUAUCUCAGUCGGUUUGCAAGAACAAGAAGAAAAAGAACAAAGCAAAGAGUCUGUCGAAUUUCAAUAUUCAGUUUCGCCAAUAAGACACAGAGGUUUUCUUCCCAUUUGCAAUCACAUAUACAGGAUUUUUCAUCUCAAAGGGGUUUGCAUAUUAUGCUGAGAAAACGUCAACGGCUGCUGGGUAUUGUUCAAAGAAAAAUGAAGUACGUAAUAAUAAAUUAA